AUGCUGACCUUCGGGUCCCGGCAGCAAAAGCCAGAAGUGAAACAGCUCUUAGGCGACAACCACUCCUACAUCCGCGGCAACAUCGCCACACGUGGUCCCUGCCCAGGCUUGAACGCCCUCGCAAACCAAGGAUAUCUCCCCCGCAAUGGCAACAAUAUCACUCUCUCCGAAGUCGAAACCGCCCUCAUGUCCGCCCUCCACAUGGACAAACCCCUCGCAUCAGCCCUAACCAACAGCCUCAAACCUCUCGUCCACAAAGACAAAACUUUCAACCUCGCUGACAUGCGCCAACACAACAUAAUCGAGCACGACGCCUCCUUCACCCGCCUCGACUUCCGCCAGGGAGACAACUACACGUUCCAACCACUCAUGUUGCAAGCUCUCCUCGCUGACGCCGACGGCGGCCCGGUUACCGUCAAAUCGCUUGCAAAGACGUACGUCCGGCGACUCUGUGUCGCUUUUGAAUACGGCGGCGACAGGGGGGAAGUUGUCGAGGGAGCUGAUGGUUACGUUUUACACGGAGGAGAGGUUUCCGGAGGAGGUUUUGAGGAAUGA